UUUUAUUCUACAGGUGUAUUUACAGGACACAGCAAUGGAAACUUGGUCAGUUGAUCAGGUCUGCAGUUGGUUGGUGGAGAAAAACUUAGGAGAGCUAGUUCGUAGGUUUCAAGAGGAAGAAAUAAGUGGGGCUGCUCUUCUAGCACUUAAUGAUCGGAUGGUUCAGCAACUGGUAAAGAAAAUUGGGCACCAGGCUGUUCUGAUGGAUUUAAUUAGAAAAUAUAAGCAGAAGAGCCAAAGACUGGAGCCCCCUGGAAGCCCUAGAGAAACAGCCCCUCUCCAGCGAGCAAAAGCUGUCUCACCGUACAGGGAUGAACAGUCCUCUAGCCCAGCCAACCGUGGGAAGCACACACCAUCUUUCUAUCCAGCUGAAAACCUUGAUAAUGGAGUAAUUGACCAAAGAGUACUGAAGCAGAGAAGGAAUGUGAAACAUGUUCUAGCAAGGAAUAAAGCAUUGCAAUGGACUAAGUCGUAUGUUUUACCAGAGUUUCCCUAUGAUGUCAAGUGCAUGUUAGCAGAACAAAAGUGUCCCGAUCACAGCAUGAGGAUAAGGAUCAUUGAGUUUCUCCAGGCCGACAUGACUAAGUAUCUGGAAGGCUCACUGUAUCCCAGCACCCAGCAAUACAAUGAUGUGGUCAACGCCUUGCUGCAAGCCCACCCUUUCUUGGACGAGGAUGGCUGUGGCUUUUUUUUGUGGAAACGAGCUCUCAAAGAUCGCUUUAAAUAUGUUCGAAGACCCAUAGAAGAUGAUGAACAAGUGGUGAGAAAUAAAUGUAAAUUUGGACACCGAAGAGGCCAGACCAAGAAAUUUCUUCCGGAUACAAACUCUGAUGAGAUUAAAAUUGUCCGGAUAAAAGAAGAAACUGUUUGUUUAGAUUCUGAGGCAGAUGAACAUAUUAACUGGUUCCAGCAAGAAUAUAUGAAGACAGAAAAGGACUGGGGAGAAAUCGAUAAGAGAAUGAGCCGGACUUUGGAAAUAAGAAGAAAGUUGAUUAGCAGCAGAACACCUCUGAAGGACAUUCUUAAAAUGUUUCCUUUCUUAAAGUGCCCUUAUCAGAUGUUCAGAGAAUUCCAGCUUCUUACAAGAACAGAUAUUUAUAAGAAAACAAGGCACAUUUUGGAAUCCUAUUCGGAAAAUAUACUGACUUCUUUUUCAGUGGUGCACAAUCCAAUCAAUAUUGCAUUGCAAGAAAAACUGAAACAGCACACAGAUGAAGACAUGUUGAAACAUAUGAAGAUGACAGCCACAUGUUUGCUCCUACCAGAUGUUUUUGGGGACGAUCCCAGUCUUUUUGUCAUCGUGAAUGAGAAGGUGCAAGUGUCCACACCCGUGUUAGAAGUCAAGAACCCUUUCAACACUGAUGUCUGUGAAUUUUCUUUGUAUUUAGAAAAAGAGAAGCUCACGAAGGUGGAUGACUGUGUUACAGCCUUGGCUGCUCUCAUAGCUGCCUUCCAUGUAUUUGGAGUUGAGUGUCCAAGAGGACUGUCCCAAACCCUCAACUUCCUAGAGACGUUGAUUUUUGACAUGCACAGUCCCCAUUUUCCUUCUAUGAAAGAAAAGGAAAAGGAAAUAGCGUUUCGACACCCACUUACCUAAUGAGAUGCCAAAUAUUGCAUCAGAAUUGAUUUCUAGGGAAACCUAAAACUUUGCAAAAAAUUGUUUUGACUUAGGGUUAUGGUAGAGGUAGGUAUUAUCUUGUGUCUAAGGAUGCAAAUGAAUCUCAGUACCUUCUUUCUAUACACUUAGACACUUGAAAUUCUUUGUGAAAUUCUGUAAUAAAAUACUAUUUAAGAGCAGUUUCUUUUGAUUCGAGUUCUAAGAAAUUCCAUAGCCCAAGCUACACUUUUUUUUUUUUAAUUUUUUUUAACGUUUAUUCAUUCUUGAGACAGAGACAGAGCAUGAACGGGGGAGGGUCAGAGAGAGAGGGAGACACAGAAUCUGAAACAGGCCCCAGGCUCUGAGCCGUCAGCACAGAGCCUGACGCGGGGCUCGAACUCACAGACCGUGAGAUCAUGACCUGAGCUGAAGUUGGACGCUCAACUGACUGAGCCACCCAGGCGCCCCCCCCCACCCAAGCUACACUUUCAAGGGGGCAUUAGUUUUUGAAAGGCCCUACGUUUCAGAUACACUCAAGUCCUUCAGAUUAGGGUAUGACAUCUUACCCUUCGCUCAACGUGCCCAACUUUGGAAGACUUAAUGCUCAGGAGCUGUAGAUUUGUGGCCCGUGGGCACAUACUCCCCACUUCUUUCCCCCUGCUUGCCUGGCUCCAGGCAUUUUGGUUUCCUUCGACCACGUUUGUUGAGAACCAAGGCUGCUUCAUUCCUGAGCUCUUCUUACUGCUUGCUGAGCUCACUGGCACGGGUCCUGAUCACCUGUGACUUGUGUAGCCUUCCACUGCUCCCCUCUCUUGACAUGUAGUGAUGGCCCUGUUCUGGUCUCCUCAAAGUUUUUCCUUUUCUCUGGCUUUGACCUCCGGUGUUGG